AUGUCUGACAAGCCCAAACUCACGCUUGUAGAGACCGCAGUGUCGUCUAAUCUGCAGGACUCGUCCAUAGACCUGCCAUUCUCGUCGUCCAACAAGAAACAGGAAACUCAGCAUUUGGAGUUCGGCGGCAGUAACGUGUCGGAAGCGGACUUCACCACGUCUGCCGCGGGAAGCGACACUAUCGCCAAGUUUCUCGGACUCUCUGAAGAUGCGCGUCAAGCCGACGGCGACGAAAAGCACAUGCCCUUGCUGCAGGCGAUCCGUCAGUACCCGAAAGCCGCGUUUUGGUCCGUUGUGCUCUCGUCUGCCCUGAUCAUGGAGGGCUACGACGUGGCCUUGCUAUCGUCGCUAUUUGCGCUCCCAGCGUUUGCAAAGAAAUUCGGCAACUGGAACGCGGCCGCGCAGGUGUACGAGGUGCCCGCCAGAUGGCAGACCGGCCUUUCCAUGUGCACCAAUGUCGGUGAAAUCCUGGGGCUUCAGGUGGCCGGUAUCGUCGCUGACCGUGUCGGCUAUCGCUACACCCUCAUCACCUCGCUCGCCAUGGUGUUUUGUUUCAUCUUCAUUCUGUUCUUUGCGCCUUCGUGCGCGGUUUUGGCUGUUGGUGAAGUCCUCUGCGGUAUUCCCUGGGGUGCCUUCCAAACCCUUACCGUCUCGUACGCCACUGAAGUGUGUCCUCUCGCGCUCAGAUACUAUCUUACCACCUACGUUAACAUCUGCUGGAUCUUGGGCCAAAUUUUUGCCUCCGGUAUCCUCAAAAACUCACAAGAAAAUCUUCAGAACUCAGAUCUUGGCUACAAACUACCCUUUGCCCUCCAGUGGAUCUGGCCCAUUCCCAUUGCCAUCGGUAUAUAUUUCGCACCCGAAUCUCCAUGGUGGCUAGUGAAAAAGGGUAGAAUGGACCAGGCUGCACACAGUCUAAACCGUCUCGUUACGGGCCUCUCUGCCGAGGAAAAGCCCACUGUUAUUGACGCUAUGCUCAGCAAAAUCCAGUUGACUAUUCAAAAGGAAGAGGCCGUCACCAAAGAUACCACCUACUGGGACUGUUUCAAAGGCGUGGACGGCAGAAGAACCAGAAUUGCUUGUCUCACCUGGGUCACUCAAAACGCCUGUGGUAGUGCCAUGAUGGGUUACUCCACUUACUUUUACAUCAAGGCCGGUCUAAGCGACUCAAUGGCUUUCACUUUUACCAUCAUUCAGUACUGCCUGGGUCUGAUUGGAACUAUUUUGUCAUGGGCAAUCUCUAAAAAGUACGGUCGUUUCACCAUUUUUUCAAGUGGAUUAGCCAUCCAGAUGGUGCUUUUAGUAAUAAUUGGUGCUCUGGGUUUCAAACACUCUACCGGUUCCAGUUGGGCCAUUGGUUCGUUGUUACUACUUUUCGUUUUCACGUAUGACGUUGGUGUGGGCCCUGUCACGUACUGUGUCGUGCCAGAAAUCCCAAGUACUAAAUUAAGAACCAAGACUGUUAUCUUGGCUCGUAAUUUCUACAAUUUAAUGGGUAUCAUCAACUUCAUUUGGACUCCAUACAUGUUGAACACGGAGGAAUGGAAUUGGGGCGCUAAGACGGGUCUAUUUUGGGCCGGAAUUUGUCUCAUCAUGUUAACAUGGGCCAUCUGGGAACUACCAGAGACUAAAGGACGUACCUUUGGUGAAAUUGACGAAUUGUUCCAAAUGAGCGUUCCUGCCCGUAAGUUCAAGUCUACCGAGGUCAAUCCAUUUGACAGCAGUAAAUUGAUGGCCGAAUUGGACGAUGCUCAAAUCGAGAGAAUUGUGAAAAACGAUGAGCAUACCAGAAACAGAUUUAUGGAAACAAUCGCCGAAGACUCAGAUUGA